CGUUCGUCUCGAAUUCCAGCUGCUGCACUGGUAAUGAAAUUUAGGUACUGCGGAGAAGGUUUUCUCUCUGAUGAACUGCUUGUCUCACGUGCGUGCUUAUGGUUCGUCUUUAUUUAGAAAGGCUGAUAAUUUCAAUGCAGCCGCCUCUUUGAACCAAUGCCAUGUUCCCUUAUGGAAAAGAAAUUUUCAAAACGCUGGUGUUAAGACUGCAUAUUUAGAGUUUCUGUUGACAAGGUUUCGCACUCAGUGCUACUCUUCCCAGAACAGUAAUAGUAGCAAUGGUCAUAGAAAAAAGGCAUCUCGGACGAAAAAAGCUGAUUCGGAACUUGUGAUGGAAAACGAUAAAGAUGCAUUCUUCGUAGUGAGAAAGGGAGAUGUUGUUGGUGUUUUCAAGAGCUUUGCUGAAUGUCAGGCCCAAGUUGGUUCCUCGAUAUGUGAUCCUCCAGUCAGUGUUUACAAAGGCUCCUUUUUGACGAAGGAAACUGAGAAAUAUCUGUCUUCCUGUGGGCUUAAGAAUGCUCUCUACACUAUUAAAGCUGCAGAUGUGAAAGAGGAUCUUUUUGGAGCGCUUAUCCCCUGCCCUUUUCAAGAACCGGCUUCUUCUAAGGGUGAAACAUCUCAUAACGAUGCAACCCAAAAGAGAUCACAUAAUAUGCUUCAGUCAGAGUAUGGGGGACUGGGAUUGCUUGGUUCACCAACUGUAGCUGAUCGUGUGAGAAAGCAUGUCAAGUUGGAUUUGCAUGCUGAGGUUCAAACAGCAUCCUCUGGUUAUCUAUCUUGUAUUAUUGAGUUUGAUGGUGCAUCAAAAGGAAAUCCUGGACCAGCUGGUGCAGCAGCUGUGUUGAAAACUGAUGCUGGAACCGUGAUUUGCAAAUUGCGUGAGGGUUUGGGCGUAGCAACCAAUAAUGCUGCUGAAUACCGUGCUGUAAUUUUAGGGUUGAAACAUGCUGUUAGAAAAGGUUAUACAAGCAUUCGUGUUCGAGGUGACUCAAAGCUCGUUUGUAUGCAGUAUUCUUACAGCUGGUAUUUCCUUGAACAGCUGCAGGGUUUAUGGAAAGUCAAACAUCAGCACAUGUCUGAGUUACAUGAGCAGGCAAUGAAACUGAAGGAUAAGUUUCUUUCAUUUCAGAUCAAUCAUGUUUUAAGGGGACUGAAUGGGGAGGCUGAUGCUGAAGCCAACUUGGCUGUCAAACUUGCUGAAUUCCCCCUUCGUUCAUGUCCUGCACAAACUGGUGCCGCCGAUUUUUCUGGAGAAGGCAAUCUGGUGUACUCAGACCCACCAGAAUCAGCCACCGUCAACCCCCUUUUGCCCAACCUCCUCCAACCACGUGUCGUCAUUUAUGAUGGGGUCUGCCAUCUUUGCCACCGAGGGGUUAACUGGGUGAUUAAAGCGGACAAACACAGGAAAAUCAAGUUCUGCUGUUUGCAGUCAAAGGCUGCUGAACCAUACUUGAGUGUUUGCGGCGUUGAUCGAGAGGAUGUUCUUCGUCGUUUCGUUUUCAUUGAAGGCCUUGGCGUUUAUCAUCAAGGUUCCACUGCUGCACUGAGAGUGCUAUCAUACUUGCCACUUCCCUACUCUGCUUUAAGUGCAUUCUUGAUAAUUCCAACUCCAUUGAGGGAUGCAGUUUAUGAUUAUGUUGCCAAGCGGCGUUACCACUGGUUCGGAAAAAGUGAAGACUGCCUAGUUUUGCAAGAGAGCGAACUAUUGGAGCGUUUCAUUGAUAGGGAAGAAAUUAUGUAUCAUAAUCGAUCAAAAUUGUAAGCCAGAUUCCCUUGAAUAUACAAUCAGACAAGCUUACUUUAUGGUAGAUCGUGAAA